ACGCAUCUCAAUACCAUGUGGUCCAAUAAUUUACCCUUCAAUAAUUGCCAACUAUAUACGCUCUUCCACGCCUUGCAUUUCACAAAACAAAGUUCACCGUCUUCUGUUUAGGCAGGAGGAAUGUGGAGCAACCUUCCCUUUGACGUUCAAGCUAAGAUCUUCUCCUUCCUCUCACCGGACUCCCUGGCACGUGCAAGGUCGGCUUGCCGGAAUUGGUACAUGUGCGCACAGACCUAUCCCAUCACCACCUCCUUCGCGGUAUCACCGCAGCACCACCAAGCUUGGUUCUUGGCUCUCCCAACUCGCAACCGUGGCCAACACUGCUAUGUCCAUAAUCCGGUCACUGACAAUUGGCACAUGCUCUCGUUCGACUUCUUGCCUGACCCGGUUCGACCCGUUGCACCGAUCGGUUCCCUCAUCCUUGUAAGACCAACAAAUUCCACAGUCCUUCAAUUAGCUCUAUGCAACCCUUUCACAAGGCAAUUUAGGUACCUUCCGAUGUUAAAUAUCACUAGGACCAAUCCAGCAGUUGGUGUUGUAACAUUAGACUCGGCCCAACAUGGUCCAAACCCACACUUUCAAGUUUACGUAGCCGGCGGGAUGUCCGAAGCACCACAUGGCGGUGCCACUUACGAAUCCAAAUUGGAAAUGUAUGACUCGGUGGAUGACACGUGGUAUAUAACAGGGUUCGUGCCGAUGGAAUUUGCAGUGAGACUAACGGUUUGGACACCAAAUGAGAGUGUCUACUCAAAUGGGGUUCUGUAUUGGAUGACUUCAGCCAGGGCCUAUAGUGUAAUGGGGUUCGAGAUCGGUGCCAACACAUGGCGAGGAUUCAGUGUUCCUAUGGCGGACAAGCUCGAAUUCGCGGUGUUGUUGUGCCGCAAUGAUAGCUUGACGCUUGCGGGUGGGACGAGUGGAGGGGAGGCUUGUAUAUGGGAGCUGAAAAAGGGAGAUAGAUGGGACUUAAUCCAAAAGGUGCCAACGGAAAUGGGGAUAAAGCUUUUAGGUGGGAAGAGUAGUUGGGCCAAUACGAAAUGCGUGGGCAGUGAGGGGGUCAUUUGUUUGUAUAGGGAACUUGGGUCAGGAAUGGGAGUUUGGAGAGAAAUGAAAGACAAGGCAACAUGGGCAUGGUCUUGGGUUGAAGGUUGUCAUUUCAUUGGUGGCAAACAAGUGCAAAAUUUGCCAAUUAAGGGUGUCUUCCUCCGCCCAAAUCUAUAUCCAUUUGCAUUUUGAGAAUAUGAAAGUGGAGCCAACAUUUUAUCCAAUUUUUCCAUGUUCAAAACAAUUGAAUCACUUAAGAGUUAAAAUGCUUUUCAGUGCUCUGUGAGAAAG